AUGGUUUCCACUAGACAUCAUCCCCGCGAUUUCCCAUCGCCGUCGCGUGCCAGGUCCAGGUCGAAAUCGCCGUUACCAUCAGCCAACGGAAUUGUCACUAGACGAUGGGUGCACACCCCAUCGACAGCUGUGACCUUGUGGCUUCUGGUCUCGAUUCCCUUGGUCCUAUGGGAUUCAGGUUACGUGUUGUUGCGACCGCAUUCCAUGCCAGGUCACAAGCUGCAUUCGCCGGUCUGGACCCCGUAUGCGCUCUAUGGGACAAUUGACUAUAUCUAUGGCUGGCCGGCGUUCAACGCUCGGAAUGGCUUUACCGUCGCGCAGACCGUACUGAACCUUGUGGAAUCAGCGGCUUAUCUGUACUACCUCUUCAUCAUCUAUAAAUAUGGAGCGACAAUGACUACAGGCGGACGUGGAAAACAGCGCAAGACUCGCAAGGGUUUGUUGUGGAUGUUGAAGGGCGACAAAGUCGUGUCUGGACGCACUGGAGCGACGGCGCUCCUGGUAGCUUACAGCGCCUCCGUCAUGACGUCGAGUAAAACGGUCCUUUACUGGCUCAACGAGGCUUUCUCCGGAUUUGCCAACAUUGGACACAAUGAUGCUUUGACAUUGAUUACUCUGUGGAUCAUUCCUAAUGGGCUCUGGAUUGCUUUUCCUAGCUACAAUAUAUAUACCUUGGGGAAGGAGAUCUUGGCCGCUCUUGAGACUUCCGCACCCGUCUCGCGGACGAAGUAG